AUGGCGACUGCUCAAAGCAGAGAGAAGCUCCAAGGUCCAUUGAAGAGAUUUCAGGGCUCUUCCCAAGCCGCCGAAGCGAACCACGCCAUCAGUACCAUCCGCUUCGCCCUACAACAAGACGACCAGCGCGUCACCGUCUUCGAUUCAAGCAUUCCCCCGGAGCCAUUUCUCGACUCAGUUGAACUCGAGAACCUCAAAAAAAGACAACAAAAAGCCGAAGAAAUGUCAUCACGAAGUUCUGUCUAA